AUGGGACAGUCUGUUACUAGUAGACAGUGCGGACUGGAACAACUUGUCCUCCCAGUGGGGAAGUCUGUCACUACUAGACAGUGCGGACUGGAACAACUUGUCCUCCCAGUUGGACAACCUGUCACUACCAGACAGUGUGGGCUAGUACAGUCUGUCAUCCGAGUGGGACAGUCUGCUAUGUCAAUCCUAUCAACGUGCCUGAAUAAAGAGUUGAUAGAAACAUGGAAUAAAGAAAGAAAAAGUGCAAUAAAAACAAAAGCUAUAAAACGAAUAUUAUGUUUGAUUGAAAACAAUCCCAGUGUUAUGGCUGUUGGAUCUUCCGGUUGCGGAAAGUCUACUUCUAUUCAUUAUGCGGCACUUUGGUUACAUGAACAUCAGGGAUAUGAAAUCGUCACUGUCUACAAUACAGAAGAAAUAAGACUAUACUAUAAACCCGAAUACAGCGUUCAUAUAAAUCAAGGUGGUUGGAAGGAAUCUAUGCUUUUUGAAGCUCUCAAGAAAGGAUAUACUGACAUUGUUGAAUUACUGUUGGGUCAUAAAGCUGACAUAAAUAUAAUCUCGGAAGGUCAGACACCUUUACACGCUGCUGCAAAGAAGAGUGACAAAUGUUUUGUAGAAAUUCUUUUAGAUCACUCAGCCGAAAUUGAUAUCCGAGGUAUACUAGGCAAUACUCCUCUUCACACAGCUACCGAGAAAAAUAAUAUUAAAGUUGUAGAGCUACUUUUAGAUCGCUCGGCUAAUCCGAAUAUAAGUAACGAUUGCAAUGAAACACCACUUCUUGUGGCUAUUGCAAAAGGUAAUUCUGAAAUUGCCAUGCUGUUGCUGAAGCAUAAAGCUGAUUUUAAUUUUCAAGGCGAAGACAACAAAACGCCUUUGUUCAUAUCAGCAGAGAAGAAAAGUGGUGUUAUUAAAGAUUUCAUAUCAACUAUGAGUAACAGUGUAAAUAUAAUACCUCAGUAUAAUUCAGCAGUUUUAUACAUAGCUUGCAUAAGUGGUGAUUUCGACGAAGUGAAACACUUAUUAUUGCAAGGUAACAUUGACGUCAAUAAUAACGAAAACGAAUUUUUGCAAACAGCUCUGUAUAUUGCUUCAGAAAAGGGACACAGUGACAUCGUUUUUCUGUUGUUUCAACAUCACUGUGAUGCCAAUAUCGGCAACAAAAACAACGACAUGCCUUUACAUGCAGCUGCAAAAAAAGGACAUACAAAAGUUGCUGAAAUUUUAGUAAAACACAAUACUUCUGAUCUUAAUAAUAACGAUAAUAAGUGUAAAAAGUCGCCUCUUUAUUUAGCAUCAGAACAAGGUCACACCAGAAUUGUUUCAUUGCUGCUACAUUAUGAAUGUGAUACUAAUUUAACUAAUGAAAACAAUCAGAGUGCUCUUUUCGUAUCAGCAUGUAACAACCACAAAGAAAUUGUAAAACUAUUAUUAGAAAACAAAGCUGAUCCAUACAUCUGUAAUUCACAUGCUCAAACUCCUCUAUAUAAAGCGUUAUGUAGCGGUUAUACACAUAUUUUGAAUCUGCUUUUGGAAUAUGGAGUUGAUCCUAACUAUACACUUUCUUGCAAUACUAUUCCUUUGUAUCUUGCUGCAGCUGAAGGAAAGACAAAUAUUGUAAAAUUGUUAUUAUAUUACAAAACUGAUCCUAAUAGGGUCAACACAAAAAAUGAAACAUCUUUACACGUAGCAGCAACGAGAGGGUAUAUAGAUAUUGUGAAACUUUUGCUCAUUAACUCAGCUAACCCCGAUAUACGAGAUAAUCACGGUAAAACUGCUCUGCAUAUAGCUACUGAGAAGGGAUAUUCUAAAAUGAUAACUUUGUUGCUUUUGUAUCAUGCUAAUCCUUUUUUACAUGACAAGCACAACAAAACGCCCUUGUUUAUUUCUGUUGAAAAGAACAUUGAUUUUAUGUUUAACUUCAAAUUAGAGACACUUCCUAAGGUAAAUGUUAGACGUGCAUAUGCUUCAAUGUGCUUGUACAAUGCGUCAAAGAUUGGUGAUUUAAGAAAAGUUAAAUUAUUGUUCAAAAAUAAUACUGAUAUCGACAUCGAUUAUUCGGAUAAUGAAUUCAUGCAAACAGCUCUGUAUAUAGCAUCGGAGAGAGGUCAUAGUGAUAUUGUAUCAUUUUUGUUGGAUUUAAAAUGUGAUCCUAGCAUUGCCAAUAUGUACAGUAAAACCCCUUUCUAUAUCGCACGUUGUAACGGUUAUACAACUAUUGUGAAAGAAAUGCUCAGAGUAAACAGUUUUUUAUUAGAAAAAAGUAAUGAAAUAUCUCUUUAUAUGGCUUCAUCUGAGGGCUUUACAGAUAUAGUUAAAUCAUUGUUGAAAUCUGAUAUUGAUGUUAAUUCGAUUGAUAAUGAAUACAAAGAAUCAGCAUUGUAUGUAGCGUCAAAAAGUGGUUAUAUUGACAUUGUUGCCUUGUUAAUACGUCAUGGGGGAAAUAUCAAUUUGUCUAAUAAGUAUUGUCAAACACCCCUUUACAUAGCAUCAAGUAGGGGUCAUACGGGUGUUGUAAAUUUAUUGUUAGCAAACAAUUGUGAUCCUAAUUUAUGUAGUGUAUACGAUCAUACUAGUCUCCAUGUAGCAGCAUAUCGUGGGCAUACUGACAUUGUUAAACUUUUGAUACAAUAUAACUGUGAUCCUAAUAUUCUUGAUGUGUAUAACCAAAAUCCUAUCCAUGGCGCAUCAUAUAAGGGUCAUACAGAAAUCAUAAGACUAUUGAUAGAACACAAGUGCAGUCCAAACAUAAUGAACAAUUAUGAACAGACACCUCUAGAUGUAGCUAUAAGAUAUCGUCAUGAAACUGUUGUUAAAAUAUUGUUAGAUAACAUUUGA